AAACUGUCCGAAGCUGUAUCGAACGUGUGCAGAAGCAUCUGCUAUGAGACCUGCAGGAAGAGCUCAGCCAUCACGAUAGUAUUAUAUAAGCAAAAUAUCUCAAUAGGGAUUAUAAUGUCUUAAUAUAUUUUAAAACGUCUCAUGUCAGUAGGUGUCCACUGAGCUGCCUGUAAGAUGUCUAUGGUGCUGUUUGCGUCUGUGGUGAGAGUGAGGGACGGUCUACCACUCUCAGCCUCCACAGACUAUGAACAGGAUAAAGGAUUUCAGGAGACUAAGAAACAUCUCAAGGGUCUGUCCAAAAAACUCAGCCAGUUUUCGGAUCGCUGCUCACUCAGAUCUGGCCUUUAUAACAUCAAUUUCACAAGCUCUCUUGGAGUCGGGUACUUGAUGGUUUGUACAGAAAGCUAUCCCAAUGUCCUGGCCUUCAGCUUCCUGGACGAGCUUCAGAGAGAGUUCAUUGUCACAUAUGACACCAAGCGGAUCAACAGCGCUUUGAGGCCUUUCUCUUUCAUUGAGUUUGAUAACUUCAUUCGGAAAACCAAGCAACGUUACAACAGCCCACGUUCCCUCUCCACCAAGAUUAAUCUGGCCGACAUGCAGACUGAGAUCAAGCUCCGGCCUCCUUAUCAGCUGUCCGCGAAGGACAUUGGAUCAAUCAACGGCUUCUCACAACACAAGCAGUCUAAAUAUAAAGGCAUAGCUCCUAAUCAAAUGUUGGAGGCCGUCACCCUGUCGGGUAUCGUCGCCUGCGUCCUAAGUGUCCUAUGUGGCGCUCUUAAUUUGCUGCGGGGAGUCCACGCAAUAGAAAGUGUAUUGCAGAACGAGGAUGAAGACUUCAAUUACGUAAUUGCUUUUUUCCUCGGAACCGCGGCCUGUUUGUAUCAGUGUUACUUGUUCGCCUACUUCUCAGUUUGGAGGAACAUCAAGUCAUUCCUGGCCUUUGCUAUGAUCUGCCUAUGUAACAUGUAUCUGUAUGAACUCCGUAACAUGUGGCAGAUCCUUUUUCACGUGACGGUGGGAGCGUUCAUCACUCUGCAGAUCCACCUGAGACAACCGCAGGGCAAAUCACCUGACUACAACGUUUGACCCCCGGAACACUUUUAAGACUACGUAACGUAGCCCAACAUGGCAACCCCAACCUGUUCCCACCCCAUCUAAGGACAAAAGAACUAUGGAUUGUGAAGCAGGUUUUACAAAAUAUUUUGAUAUUGUUCAAGAAACACUUCCUGCUGUUUCACAUCCAGUUGAGGUCACAGAUGAGAAACUGGUGUUCUUGUUGAUGCAAAAGGUUCAUAACAGAGACUUCAUAAGUGCACAGUAUUAGAUUCAUGCAUGAAAUAUUGAAGGAAGCAUUAGCAGAUGUGCACAGUUAAGUUGUAGUUAUUUUUUGUUUAAUUGACAUCGGGGCUUAAAGGGACAGCUCACCCAGAAAUGAAAAUUCUUACAUCAUUGCUUGAACAAUGGCUUGAACAUGGCUUUCCAGUGAACAUGGAUGGUGUACAGGGUCUGUGUUGAGGAUUUAAAAAAAAUAAAAUAAAUUCAGAUAAAAACAUCUACUUAAAAUAUUUUUUAAAAAAUGCAAUAUUUACAUACAGAUGCAUAUUUUUUUUUAGCAAAACAUUGUUUCAAUACCAAAUCAACCCUUUUCUUUGUAAUUU